AUGCUCAGCGCUCUUCAAGAGCAGUACAGCCUAUCAACCAAAGAUCCUGCUAUUCUCAGCUUCAGGGGUGCUUCCACUGCAUCAACCCUGAUUGUGUCCACACCGGGUGAAAUUACCCAGAAAUACAUGUGGACACCUCCCUUGAACUCCACGUCAGAGCUUCAGGAGCAGCUGAAGGAAGCCGGUGUUAGGCUGGACCAGAAGAGCAUCAAGUUCUUUAUACAAUUUUGCGGUGGACAUCGUGGCAUCUUCAUUGCAGCAAUGCGCUGGGUGCAGAGCAAGCAGAGAAGUGGGAUUUCCCGCUGGGCUUUCCCGCAGACAGUGGGUUUUGCGCGGAAUAGCUACGAUGGAGGAGAUUGGGAUUGUGCAAAAACUGAGAUUUUGGGGUACCUGCGCGAGAGCCGUGCAGUGAGGGUCAAUGGUUUGUACAAAGACGUGAGCAACGUGCCGAGAGAGUUUGCAGAGCUUUUGUGCAAGGGCUCAACAACAUUGCCACAGCAUGUCCGGAGAGACCUUACCAUCCACGGCUUCGUGGUUCCCAAAUACAGUGGUACGGGGAGAGAGUUAAAACAGUUGGAUUGGAUGACUGAGGGCACAGAAUACCGAGCGGCAAAUCCUUUGCUUGCCUCGUAUUACUUCCACAAUCUGAGGAAGAGGCAAAAUUUACAAGUUCACUUUGAGCCCGGAAAACCCCAACACUGUGCAGACCUAUUGAUGCGAGCAUUGCCCUACCUGCUCUUCUCCCGGGUUGUGAGCUUCGAAGCAAACACAUCUGAGUUGGCGAAGGACGGUCUUCCGAGUGAGGAGCAGUACAACCAGGCGAUUUGCAUGGUUUUGAAAGAUAUGAUGUACCAGCCUGUUUCCACAAAGCAAUCUCGACAGGGUGUAGGAAAUCCAGACAUUGCACUGGAAAAUGGUGGGGAGAGGUUCGUUCUGGAGGGCGUGAAAGAGGACAAAUCAACAGUCACCUUCAGCGCUUCAAUAGCAUGA